AUGAACGUAAUAUCUCAAGUGGAAGCACCAGAAGAGAAAACUUUGGACCGUGAAAAGAUAUGUCCACUUCUGUUGCGAAUAUUCUGUGCAAAUGGACGACAUAAUCCAUUGUCAGAAUAUGGGCGUGGCAGCACUCCCGCCAAUGAACUACAGAUUUAUACUUGGCUGGAUUGUACCCUAAGAGAACUAAUGUCAUUAAUCAAGGAGGUGAAUCCAGAUGCUCGACGACGGGGCACAACGUUUGAUUUUGCAGUCGUAGCUCCAGAUCGCUUUACUCCUAGAUAUGUGAUGAGGGAUAUUGGCAACACAAUGAACGGGCAACGUGGUGUGGACGACAAUAAGACGCUAGCAAACUGCAAAUUCGAAAUUGGUGAUUUUAUUGAUGUGGCAAUCACUUUGCCAGGUAUUGGACCUAUUGGACCGAUACUGCGGCGUAGUGGAGGAUUACCGAUGCGAGAUCGAUCUCCAGUACGACGAAGAGUUUAUUAA